UUUAAUCACCUUGCCCUGCCCCAAAAGAAGAGCAGUAGAGAAGACUGUGCAGAAGAUAGCCUUUGACCUUUUCUAUUCUUUUUAAUCUCUUUCUCCUUCUAUAACUAGGCAUUGUUGAAUUCUUCCAUUUCUUUCAUGUCUCUAAUAAUGCCCAGUAUCUCUUCUUCUUCUUUUUCCUAUACAAAUUUCAUGUCUUUCUUUCACUUUUGAUUGUUCUUCACUACUUUGUCCUUUUUAGCUGAUCUGGGUCUGGGGUUGUGAUGAUUUCACCCUUUUCUUGAAGAGUCUUGAGGAGGAAGUUGAGUAAGGGUAUUUGAGUAGUAGGUAGUAAAGAGCUUUGGUAUUAGGGAAGAAGAUUGCAUUUUCUUUUUACCAUCAUUUCUUUGAUGAUGGUGAUGGUAUAAGUGUUGAAGGAGGAGGAGGAGGUUACCCUUUUGACCAGAGAAAGAGAUCAGAUAAAGCAAACAACAACGAAAAGCAAAAGAAUGGGGAAGAAAAGAUGUCCCCUUUGAUUGGCAUUGUGGCUUCUGAUUUGCCAAUGAAAGAGAAAGAAAGACAGAUACAAUAAAACUUGCCUUCUCAAGGGUCUUCUCUUACUUCUCUUUUCUUUCUCUCUUUUUUUUUUCUUUCCCGCACGCUUCUUGUUUACUAGAUGUGAUAUGUCUUCCUCGGUGCUUGUUUUCUUGUAAAUUAGCUCUCUUUGUUUUAUUUGGGGAAAAAAAGGGUCUUUGUUAGAUUCUCUUCUUGUUGUAGUCUAGUAUCGUUAAAAGGGUAUUAAAAAAUGCCAAUGUAUCAACCAUCUACUCGAAGAGAAGCUGACAUGAAGCUUGAAAGCCAAGUUCUAGAUCUAGAAACGGCUGUGAAAGAUGGCAUUUUGGGGGGCGGUGGUGGGGUAAUAUCCACUGGUUUUGCUUCAGAGAAAUUGGAUCUGAAGGUGAUGAUUGAAGAGCUUGAGUCCAUGGAUGUCCCAACGGUUUUCAUAUGUCCAAUUUCUCUGGAGCCAAUGCAAGACCCGGUGACUCUUUGCACUGGCCAAACCUAUGAGAGAUCCAACAUUCUUAAAUGGUUCUCUUUAGGCCAUUACACUUGUCCCACCACAAUGCAAGAGCUUUGGGAUAAUUCAGUGACUCCAAACAAGACGCUCCAGCAGCUGAUUUAUAGUUGGUUUUCUCAGAAGUACUUGGCCAUGAAGAAGAGGUCAGAGGAUGUGCAAGGAAGGGUCAAAGAGAUCUUGGAGAAUUUGAAGAAAGUUAAGGGUCAAGCCAGAGUUCAAGCUCUUAAGGAGCUUAGGCAAGUGGUUCAAGCUCAUGGGACAGCUAAGAAGACAGUUGUGGCAUGUGGAGGUGUUGGUUUGAUUUCAUCUUUGUUAGGUCCUUUUACAACUCAUGCUGUUGGGUCAGAGGUAGUUGGAGUUCUUGUGAACUUGAAUCUUGAUUUCGAUUCCAAGUCUGAUUUAUUGCAGCCCGCUAAAAUAUCUUUAAUGGUGGAUAUUUUAAAUGAAGGAUCGAUUGAGACCAAGAUCAACUGUACGAGGUUGAUUGGAAUGUUGAUGGAAGGGAAUGAUUCUGCGUCUGAAAAUGUUGCAAGUUUGAGUCUUUUAGUUGGAUUGUUGAGGUUAGUGAAAAAUAAGAAGCGCCCAAAUGGGGUAUUGGCUGGACUGAGUUUGCUCAAGACAAUUUGCUCUCAUGAAUCAGUUAGGAACUCUUUUGUCAAUGUUGGGGCAGUUCCUCAUUUGGUUGAGCUGAUGCCUGGUUUGAAUAAUGAGUGUUUGGAAUUAGUCCUGUAUAUUUUAGAGCUUUUGUCAAGUAUUCCAGAAGGAAGAUUGGCUUUGAAAGAUUGUCCAAACACCAUACCAUAUGUGGUGAAACUAUUGAUGAAAGCUUCAGAAAACUGUACUCAGUUUGCAUUGUCGAUACUGUGGGCCAUUUGCAAGUUUGCACCAGAGGAAUGUGCUUCACUUGCUGUGGAUGCUGGUCUGGCUGCAAAGCUACUUCUAGUUAUACAGAGUGGUUACAAUCCUGUGUUGAAGCAACGGUCAGCAGAGUUGUUGAAAUUGUGUAGCCUAAAUUACACGGCUACGAUUUUUAUUUCCAAGUGUAAGCUUACAAGAACGAUUCAAUGAAGGAAAAUAACAGCUUGUUGAUAUACAGGACUUUCUUGUUUUUCUUCUUGUCCAAUAUGACAAUGGGGCUGAUGAGCUUCCGGUUUUGGAGAACUCAGAAUGGGGUCAAUCGGGGUUUCUGAGGUACCCUUUGCUCUCUUGUGCAUACUAAACAAUUUCCAUUAUGUUAUUGUUUCACAUCAAGUAGCAGCAUAAUGUGGAUUUGAGCUAAUUGGACGCUGUGUAGUCAACAAUCCACUGUAAGCUCAAGUUUCUGCCAAUAUUUUCCAAUAAUUCCCAGCAAGGUUGUGAUUCAAUCUGUUUGUGUCACUGUUUGCUUUGUUGUUUCAAUCCACAAGAGAGAAAUGUAACUGUAAGCUCUGGUAAGGAGUUGAGUGGAGGUGGUGCAGUGAUGAUAGAGGGAAAUGAUGUGAGGAGGGGAUUCCUGUUGGCAUUUGUGUCGUUUGUAAUUGUAGUUGGUUUUUCUGGGUUUGCCCUGUCUUACUGAUCCCUAGAUUUCGUUCAUCUCUGUAAGGUUUUGUGGGAGCUUACAUUUAUACCUUUGGUUGAAAGAGGUGUUUUCAGUCUUUUAAGUCUUAAACUUUGUAGAGUUUGUAAUUGUAAGCCUUUUGGCUAUCAGAUAAAACAUGUACAACCUAUUUGUUUCCUUUACAUGAUAUACAAUUUGAAUUGCUGAAUUAA